CCUCUAACCAACAAAUCGCGCAGACUGGUUUCAUUAGAGUAACCAUGUUUCUUCGAGUUCUAACCCUCCUCGUCACACCGGCGUUAGGUCACGCGCUAGCUUCCAUUAACCUAAUUGCCUCUCCAAUAUGUCCAGCCUCAACGCUCGCAAUCAGCACGUAUAUCACUACUAUUGAGACUUACAUAACGCGCACAACUCUUGCCGCGCGACGCUGUCCGACGCUCACCACACGGGUCGACGGUCCUGCGCCCACGAUCUCCUGCACCUUCGACUCCAGUAGUUGCGACGAACCGCCAUAUUGCGUGCGUACAAACCAUGCCCGACCCAGUGUAUGAUGGACUGCAGAACUUCAUAUGUGGUAGAGAC